AUGUCCUUAAUAAAAAGCCAAGAAGCUUAUAGUUCUAUAAGCAUUGACGAACCCUUUAGGAAUUUCGAUAGGAUUUUAUCAUCAGGUAGUGUGCUUAUAGUGAAUAUAGUUUAGCUAAGAUUCAUUCUGAAAAGACUUUGAAUUUUAUCUCUUAUGCAAUAUCUGCUAGAAAAUUUUAUACAUUACUAAUUGAAGUUAUUGUAGAGAGUUAAAUGUAGCUGGAUAUUGUCAAGAGAUAAGUAUAUUGA